GUGAAGACCGAUGCAAGAGGAGGGGUAACUGCAGGUGCUAGGUGAAAAACACUAAUGAGAUAGAAGGAAAAGCAGAGGGCAGUGGCAGAAGAGAAGUGCUGAAGACAGGAGACCCUUCAGUAUUUGCAAGCAAGGAGCUGUGGGCAUCGGGCUAUACCCGGGGAUAUGUCAGCAGUGAGUGGCACAGAGCCCAGCCCUGCAGCUGGGGGCAGGGUAUUCUUCCAGACUCCGCUGACAGCCCCGGUACCCCGGGAGGAUUCCCCGCAGGUGGUGGUGGCAGCAGCAGCUCAGCAAAGACAGCAGCAGCAAAAGAGACAGCAGCAGGGUAAAGUGACUGUGAAAUAUGACAGAAAAGAGCUGAGGAAGCGGCUGGUGUUAGAGGAGUGGAUCGUGGAGCAGCUCAGCGAGCUUUAUAACUGCGAGGAAGAAGAAAUGCCAGAAGUUGAAAUAGACAUUGAUGAUCUUCUAGAUGCCUCUAGUGAGGAAGAAAGAGUUAAUAAAUUACAGGAAUCUCUAGUAGACUGCUACAAACCAACAGAUGAAUUUAUUAAUCAACUUUUAUCCCGGAUAAGAGGAAUGAGAAAACUGAGUCCUCCUCAGAAGAAGGAUAUAUGAACAGAUCGCUGUAGCUAUAACAAUCUUUAAAUCUAUAUCACAAGGGAAUACAAAUUUGAAGACCUAUAGAAGAAAAAAAAGUAGACUUUCUCAAGAACUAUUCAACAAACAUCUCUUCAUAAAACAACAAAAUGGACUCUAGUCCAAAAAAUUGUAUUCAUUUUAUGUCAUUAAUAGUUUUUCUUUUUCAAGUUAUUUUGUUAGAAAUUUGCUGAGAGAAAGCUUAAAAUUAGAUACAAUAAGAUAUAGUUAAUAUACCAUUUUUGAGGUGUACUUUUAGACUGUGAGCCAUAAGCAUUUUAACAUCUUAUUACAAAUGUUUAGUAUUUCAUUGCUAAUAUUAAUUUAUUAUUAAUAAACCUAGACAAUCUAUAUAUCUUAAAGCAAAACCUUGCUUGUACAUAAAGCCUUUUAUCUUGCCAGCAUUUACCCUUGUUACCUAUAAAGUCUUGGUUGGAAGAACACUUGAUUAUUUGUUAUAUUGUGACAGAUUGCUUGUAGUUCUAUCGUGAGUAUUGAAAACAAGGGUGAAGAAAGUUACUCCAGCCUAAAUCGGGUUAAUUAAAAAGAGACCUUUAUUGUUCCAUGGUCCAAAGUACAACUAACAACAUCUCAGACUUUGUAUCCGAUCCUUAUUAAUGUCUGUUAGUCAUGACUAAGGACCGGAUACAGGUCUGAAACUUUGUUUCUUAUAUACUUUGGACCAUGAAACAAUAAAGGUCUCUUUUUAAUUAACCUGAUUUAGGCUGGAGUAACUUUCUUCCUGCUUGUCUACUAAUGAGGGGUUGGCUGACCCUGCACUCUGUGCCUGAACUGCUAACAGGUUGCUGUUCCCAACACCUUUUUACAUUAUUGAUAACAAGGGGCCAGAUGUUAUAAAUUAUAUAUUAGGGUGUGUAAAAAUGGUAUAUUGGUUUUUGUGUUUUGAUAGCUAAUUCUAUGCAAGGAAGACAACAGAACAAGUUAAAGUUAGUAAUAUGGUUGUUCAACCCUAAAGAUCUUCAUUCUUGCGUGGUAACUUCUAUUAUGGGCCUACCUAAAGUACUGGCAUGUUAUAUUUAUAACAAUUUGCACAAAUUCCUUCAUAUAGUUAACUACUUUUGGGCUUUGCCUUACUCCACAAAAUGUGUUCAAUAAAAAUAAUUAAGUCUGUUUUUUCAUUAAAAAAAAAAUAUAUUAAAAAAUGAGGGGGGGGGCUAGGAUUUAAAUUGGUCAUUAAAAGGCUACUGCCUUUUAUUAUAAUAACUUAAACUGGGUAACAGCAAUGUUACUAUUUAUUUAGCAUCUCUAUUCUUUUCAUUCAUAUUUAACUAGAAUUGUAAAAUUCUUGAUGUUUUAUUAAAUACGGCACAAAGUUUGUAGUCAAAAUUUGGCGUUUUUAUGACGUUGCCAAAAAUGGCUCUGCCUCUUCCCAUGCAAUAGGUGUUUUGAAUUUAUACAUUGUGAGUUUUUGCUGUAGUAGCAGGAAAUGUUAGCACUUUAAAAUAAAGCUCUAAAGAGACCUUAACCAUUUAAAAAGCUCUGCAUUCAAUAGGUAGUCAUUCCAUGAUGUGAAGCUUUUCUGAUUCUGCCAAAGUGAGGACAUUUUGAUUUUUAUAGCAAUAGAUUUAAGAAUACUAGAACUCUUUGUGUUAUGUGUUUGGAAAGGUAGUGUGUUUUUUUUUUCAUAAAUCCAUCAUAUGUUUGCUCAUUUAGAAAAUAUAUCAAGAAAGCCAAUGCAGAAUUUUAUAUCUAUGGUGCUCUAAACAUUGUUAUUUUUCAACAAGGUAUGAUUGUGAGUUUUCCUGUUCCACUGGCAAGCUUUUUUUAAAUGUAUUUUAUUUUGUAAUGUUGACUUAUUUACAAGAUAUUUGCUCAAAUAAACACUGGAGAACAUAA